AUGGCGGAUUCGCGCCUGACUCUGCGCCACGGAGGACGGUCCAGGCCGCCCGUGUCAGUGGCGUGGAAGAUCGUGGCUGUUUACGCUAGUGGAGUCCUUCUGUUCACUCCUCACCAAGCUGAUGGACAUCGGCUCCAGCAGGUCGUCGCGAACGGCAAUCUAGGGAGGGAACAGCAUUCCCCUGGCGCGGCUGCCUCGUCUACUUGCGAACUGGAGAAGCCCGGCGGCAGCGGCAAUGGAGAGCCCUCGAUUCCCGUGCUGACAUUAUCCGCUGACACCCCGACCGCCACUUUGCUGUGCUCUGGUGGAGACAAUACGGUAGUCCCCAGCGACGACACAAAAGUGUGUUCCGCUCAGACUUCCACAAUAUCGACGUGCGCGAAAGGUGACGACGGCACCCAGGUACUCCUGAAACAGCUCCUAGAAUCUACUGACAGCAUUAAAUCAACAAUCACGCCCACCAAAGAGCCGGUCGGGAAGCACUGGACGCUGAGCCUGAAAGAAUUCCCUCUCAUAGACCAGGCAUUCGUCGUCGGGUGUCAAAGGAACAACCAAGACACUAACUCAAAGUGCAAAGUCAGAGUUGACGUGAAGGCACGGCCUUCAACUGUCGAGGACGGGAACAUUGUCACUUGUUCCUACGGCAAGGACAGCAAUCUGACGCCGCUGCAGGCGGAACUAACGAAGGAAAACAACGAGUUGGCACUGGCCUGCGGCAAUCACGGCACAAUUACCCCUACGACGUUCACCACGCAUCUGUGUCAGGAUGACACACUGAAGAAGUGUGAAAAGAGGUACACUGAAGUACUCCCACUCUACAGCGAAUCAUGGUGGACAAACACUAGCAAGGAUGGGGACCCAGUCAAGUUCAAAGUUCCCAAAGAAGGGUUCCCGACUGCAGACCAGAAGUUCUACAUCGGAUGCCUUCCAAAGAAGGCCGAAGAAGGACACUCGCCUUCACGUGACGUUCCAGGAAAGGACGCCGCUACAACGACGCCUUGCAAGGUGUUAGUGACAGUGAAGGCUGCAAGCUCUCCGUCAGCUGCUUCCUCUGCUUUGCUGGCGGCAGUUUUUGCCGCUGGAGUUGCUGUGUUUCCUGGACUCAGUGUCGGCUCUGCAUGA